AUUAUAUCCAGUCUUGUUGUAUUAUAAUACAUUUUAUUUAUAAUUAUAUGGUGUCGGUUAGUUGGUCUCAUACUUUUGUGAACCCUUAAGGUUACAUAGCAUUAUUUUGUGUUAUGUAUUGUAAUUAUUUUUGGUACCAUCAUGCAAUAUUUAUACCAAGAAAACUUGUAAUGUUGUAUUCUGUCUGUUGUAGUGUAGACUGUAGUGGAAUUUCUUAUUUUCUCCUGUAGUUGUAGUUGUAUGGAAUGAACGACUCUUACAUUUGUUGUGCAUUUUACAUUUACCCUUUCAGAAUCAAUUAACUAGACCAAGUUUAAUUCUCAAGCCUAUUCUGAGGCGGAAGUAAAAUGUUAUAAGAAAGAAUUGAGAAGGAAACUAAGAUCAUGGCUAGUCCAAGAACUUGUCAGAUCUUCCAAGACUUAAAGACAAAGAAUGAAAACAAUAACUGCUUUGAAUGUGGGACUUGUAACCCUCAAUGGGCCAGUGUAACUUAUGGAAUACUGAUCUGUUUAGAGUGUUCUGGCAAACAUCGAGGAUUGGGUGUUCAUCUGAGUUUUGUUAGGUCAGUAUUUAUGGACAAGUGGAAAGAUGUGGAACUAGAGAAGAUGAAGGUUGGAGGAAACAAGAAGGCACAAGAUUUUCUGGAAAAACAACCAGACUGGAAUUCCAGUAUGCCGUUUAGGGAAAAAUACAAUACUAAAGCAGCAGCACUUUACCGAGAUAAGAUUGUAACUGAAUCUCAAGGAAAGACCUGGUCUGUUGAAACAUCACCAGCAAUGAAUUAUCAUCCAGGGAGCUCAUCAGGAGGUACUGCAGAUUUCAACAUUGAACAACAAGGAUCUAGAAGUAACUCUUGCAGUCAGAUUUGUGACUGGGAAGAAGGUUGUUCUAGUUACCAGAGAUCCGGCUAUACUGAUCCCAGCAAUUCUAGCAAGAAAAAUUCAUUCAUUGUAAAAUAUCAAGAAACCAAUUUAUCAAGACCUGAGAAUAUUCCACUCCAUCAAGGAGGAAAAUAUAUUGGUUUUGGAAAUACGCCUGUUCAGCCACCGCGGAGUCAAUCUCAAGGGCUUCUCAAUGAAGUGUGGGCCUCGCUGUCUUCUGGCUGGACAAGUCUUUUUGUAGGAUCAACAAAUUUUGCUUCCAAAGCUUCGGAAGAGACUGUGAAAUUUCGUAGUCUGGCUUCUCAAAGAAUAUCAGAACUCACAGAUAUCGUGACUGAAAAGGUAGCAGAUGUGAGCAAGAAAAGGUGGAAAGAUCUCUCUGUGAAGUUUAACCAAAAAAGCACUACAUUAGAUACAGUAUUGGGAUCUCCAAGUGAAGCAUCAUCCCUACUUGUAGUUCACUCUCAGCCACUUACAAAGAUAGAAAGAAACCAAGAUCCAGAUAAGAGUAAUACCCCGUUACUGCAAGACCAACUUCAGAGCCCAGACAGAGACUCGGCCGAAGACUGGGGAUGCAAGAGCAGUCCAGAUAACAGUUCACUUACCAAGGGUGGCAAGUCUGCUGUUAAUAAUGUGUGGGGAACCCCUUCCAGGAAUUUCAAGAAGAAACCAAGUUCUUCUUCUCCACAAAAACCGAAGACACGGGAUGGAAGAUCACCGUUGCUUUCUCGUGCUAAGAAGGGCAAGGAAGGAGAACAGCUGCUAAUAGACUUUGGAGAUGAUAGUGGAGGAGGAAGGAAUGACUCGGAAGAGGCUACUUGGGAUAACUUUGAUGUUAAGAAAGGCUACCAGAAGGUGGCAAGCACAAAAUAGUAUUAGAUAUGUUUCCUAGAGCUUUUUAGAUGGUUAACAUAAAUAGAAAUUGGUGAAAUAAGUCGAAACUUUAAGCUUGUUAUUUUGUUUACCAGAAGAUAUGUGACGAUGGACAGAUCUAUAUAUUGGUUUGUUUAGCUCAACACUUGAGAGCAAAAUGUUCAUAUUAACUACCACUCUCUUAAUGAUACCAUGAUUUACUGUUUAAAAAAAAUGGUUUAUGUAUAUUCAUGUUGGUUUAUUCAUUACAUGACUAACUUCUCCAGCUCUGGGAAAAAAAUAAUCUAUUCAUCAAACCUACAUUGAUUCACAGAUAGUAGAAGUUAUACUGUACGGAACAUCAAAUUGGUUGAUGUGUUUUAACCUUAAGAAAAAAAAAGGUCAUAAAAGCUUAUUGUUCUAUUAACAUUUUAAGGAAUAAUCAAAACCAAGUUUGACGAGCCACUCAUUGGUUUAUUUCUCGUAGAAAUUCAAGAAUAUUUUAAGUUUUUAUCUGGAAUGUAACGUACUUCAAAGUGGACCUCAUUCUCCUGAAGUUAGAUUCACUACGAUGAAAAGUAAUUCACUUGAAUAAUUACUGUAGUUCAUAAACAAGUAGUCUCGUUGUACUGUAAGUUAUUACUAAGUUGUUCUAAACGUUAAACACCUCGAGACCUUCUAAUUGAGGUUGAUGUGUUUAUUAACCAUACUAUAUAUAUAGCAGGGAAGGGUUUUCCGGAUAUCCAAAAUAUUUGGUGUAUUACAGGAACUUAAUACAAUACAUGAAAACGUUUUGUUUUGUUUGUAAAUGUGGUCCAGUGAUUUCAACAUAUUUGUUAUGCUAUAAGAAACUUAAGAUCUAGGCAUUGUCAGCUUGAAAUUUUUGUAAAACAAUUGAAUGUUGAAGUACACUGGAAAAUUGUUUUGGAAUUUUUGUUAGCAGUUAAAAAAAAAAAGGUUUUGAUCUAUCUGGAGCUAAUUCUCAUUCCUACUUGAGGACUCAUAAUUACAAUGCCUUUUUUUUUAGUAUAAUAGCUAUUAAAAGUAGUCUGCUAAAGAGAACAGUUCAGCUGAAAAGUUCACGUGUUCUAAUCUUGGAUACUGUAAUACAGGACACACUGGUGCUUUCUAUCAUUGCUUGUUGUUUUUUUUGAAACCCAUUAGCCCUUUUAACUUCUUUUAUUGGGUAUAACAAGAGCUUAGUUAAACAUUUCUCGAAGUAUCCGACACGUUUUGAACUUGAUGUACAUAAUACUUGUAUGUUAAUUUACCUUCAGUCUUCUCCAUAUUCUCUUGGAGUCAACACUGUUAGGACUUAUUGGUACAAGCACUCUCUUUCAUUUUCAUCGCUUCCAUAGCUUGAGAGUAUAAUAAUAAUGUUUUGUUUGCAAAGUUAAGAUAAUGAUCACAUAAAACUUUAUUGUAAUGUUUGGGACUGUGAUAUAUUGGAUGUGAUAUUUAUUUUAGCUUCUCUGCACAGCCUAUUGGAUAUGUUUCCGUAAAAUUUAAAUAUUAAUAAUAUACAUAAGUCUAUAAAUAAAUGAUUGUAAUAAAAGGCUGUUUUAAAAUAGUUGUGUAAAGCUGAAGAAAUAAAUGGUUAUCUUUAUGUACAGUUUAAAAUUUAUAUGAACUACGGAAGGUGUACAGAAUUUUUUUUUUAACUGUGUAUAUCUUUUAUACAUUCCUCCUGGAGAUUAAAACUAAACAUUUGUCGAUCUAACCCUGCAUAAAGAACCUAUCUAGCAGGACUUUACCAAUUUGUUAGUGUUGAGUGGUGCCAGUUGCUGUUUAUUAAACUUUGAUGGGUUUUUUUCCCCUUUAACCAGCAAAAUAUAUGGGUUAAUAGGACAGUUACUGAACCAAAAAAAUUGAUGUUUCAAUUUGAUUCCAUUUAUUUAUUGUUUCUGUAACCAGUAAAGUAUCUAUAAAAUAGCAGUGUAUGAGACUUUUGUUUUAUAUUUUUUUUGUAAUAAGACUAAGUCCAAAUAAGAAUUGUUUUCAAAACCAAGUUGUUUCACUGUUAAACAUAAAUCCUGUAUUUAUCAGUGUUUAGAGCUGCAGUUAGAAAUAAAUAUUGGUUCCUUGGAUAUAAUGUGAAUGUCUUGUUUUUCAAGGUUUAUAAUUCUCGCUACGUUAUUGUCCGAGUAAUUUAGAAGUUUGUAACAGGUAAGCAUUUUCUUUGUAAUAUCUAACAAAGAAAAUAAAGCCAUCAGAAUGUUA